AAAUGAACUAAGGACGCAGAGGAGAGAGAGAGAGAACACGCGUUUCCUGAGGACGUCCGAGAUUUACAGUGAAGCCAUGAGGUCGCAGAGGAGCCCGGGACUGGUGGCCGUGCUGGGCUGGAUCACCUGUUAUUGUGCCUUAUAUACGACUACUGCCAUUGACAUCCCACUGGAAGUUUUAGGUCAUGUAAACAUUGAGCAGCUGCCCACCAUCACAGAUCAGUCGCCCAGCACUGUCAUCGCGUUCCCUUUUGACGAGAGCUUCCCCGUGACGUGCAAAGCCAAAGGGAAUCCCGCGCCAGAAUUCCGAUGGACAAAGAAUGGCGUGGAAUUUGACCCCUUCCUCGACCCCCGGUUGAUGAAAGAAGAGAAUUCUGGGACCUUUGUGAUACCAAAUAAUGGGAACCUUACAGAGUACCAGGGAAUUUAUCGCUGUUACGCCUCAAAUAAACUGGGGACCGCCAUAUCGGAGGAGAUCGAGUUCUACGUGCCCACUGUGCCAAAGUUUCCUAAAGAAACACUGGAGCCUGUGGUGGUGGAGGAAGGCCAGGCUUUUACUUUACAGUGUGACCCACCUAAAGGAAUCCCACCUCUGCAGAUCUACUGGAUGACCAUCAAUCUUCAGCACAUAGAACAGGAUGAGAGAGUGUCCAUGGGCCUGAACGGGGACCUUUACUUCUCUCACGCGGAGAACAAGGACAGCAGGAGAGACUACUGCUGCUUCGCCGCCUUCCCAAGAAUACGGACCAUCGUUCAAAAGACCGCCAUGUCUGUCAUCGUCAAGACAAAAAAAAGUGACAUGAGUCCCGAAGCUGCUAAUGCCAUCCUGGAGAGACGGCCUUCUCUUCUGACGCCCUCUGGUGUCAGAUCAGAGACACAGCUGGUCAAAGGAGAGGACCUGAAAUUGGAGUGUAUUGCUGAGGGAUUUCCAACUCCUCAGGUGGAGUGGGUGAAGAUUGGCCAUCAGCUCCCCGUCAGAGCAAAACUGGAGAAUCAUGGCAAAUUGCUGAUAGUGCCGACAGUUGAAGAGGACGACAGCGGAAAGUACAUUUGCAAGGCGAAGAACCCGUUAGGAGAAGCCAUCCACUACUUCACAGUGAGAGUAGAAGAGCCUCCGGAGUGGCUGUUUGAGCCCGAGAGUCGGCUCAGCAUGAUCGGCUCCGACGUGCCCAUCAAGUGCUCCGCCAGCGGGAGUCCUCCGCCGGUCAUCUCGUGGAGGGUGAACGGUGUACCUCUGCAGGACGCCCCAGCAGCCAACAGGAAGACGCUCGGUGACACCAUCUUCCUGCAUAACGCCCAGGCCUCUGACAGUGCAGUCUACCAGUGUGAGGCCUCCAACCGACACGGCAGCCUGCUGGCCAACGCAAACAUCAUGAUCAUGAAUCUGCCCCCCAUGAUUUUGACCGAAGAAGGGGAGGAUUACUCCGCUGUGGAAGGGAAGGGGUUGAUGAUGCACUGCAGGGUCUUCAGUUCUCCUCCUUCCACAAUCACCUGGAGCACAGACGACUCCUCCGAAUCCGUGGAGGGCCCGAGAUUCAGCGUCCACGACAACGGAUCGCUGGAGAUCUACAGCGUGGAGAAAGAAGACGCGGGACAGUACACGUGUUUAGCUAAAAACACAGAGGGAACGUCCGCCAUCGAGGCCAUGCUCUAUGUUAAAGAUCCCACCAGCAUAGUCGUGGCCCCGGAGGACCAACAGAUCCUAAUAGGCACCACGGCCCAGCUCUCAUGCCUCGCAGAGUACGACAAGUCCUUCAGCAACGACUUUCAGCUCCUGUGGGAAAAAGAUGAUAUAGAGUUAACCCUCAACUACACUGAGAAUUCAAGAUACUUGGUGGAGGACGGUAGUCUUCAGAUCAUCAAUGUAAGCCACAGGGACCAGGGCGUGUACACGUGUGUGGCAAGGACCCCGGUGGACACAGCCACGGCCUCUGCGCUGCUCAUGGUGUUAGAUGUCCCUGAUGCACCUGACAACUUGGUUCUGUCUGAACACGAGAGCAGAAGCGUGAAACUGAAAUGGUUCCCUGGGGACGAUCACAACAGCUCAACCACAGAGUUUAUAAUCGAGUACGAGGAAAGCCAGUGGGAGCCCGGAAACUGGAAGGAGCUGCUCAGAAUACCCGGAAACCACAACUCUGCCGUCGCCAAUCUCCACGGUCACGUCGACUAUUGCUUUCGAGUGUCUGGAGUUAACGCUGUUGGGAGGGGGCGUCCCAGCGAGCCCUCGGAGAGAUACAAAACCCCCGCAGCAGCCCCUGACAGGAACCCUGAAAAUAUCAAAAUCGAAGGUCAUUUGCCAAAUGAAAUGAAUAUCAACUGGGAGCCCUUGUUACUCAUUGAGCAUAAUGGCCCCGGUCUAGAGUACAAGGUGAGUUACAAAAGACAGCACGUGGAGGACUGGAAGGAACACAUGGUGAAGAGACACUCCUUUGUCGUGAAGAACACUCCCACCUUUGUUCCCUAUGAGAUCAGGAUCCAAGCUAAGAACCAUCAGGGCUGGGGACCUCAACCCAGGAUAGUGACUGGCUACUCAGGAGAGGACUUUCCGUCCGCUGCGCCUGAUGAUGUAGCUGUGGAGGUGAUGAACAGCUCAGUGGUCAAGGUUAGCUGGAUGCGUGUAGACGAGUACAACCUCCAUGGACAUCUGGGAGGCUACAGGAUAAACUGGUGGCGUAUGCGCAGCCUGGCCGACUCAAAGACAAGUCACGGAGACAAACACACUCUAACUUUCCCUGGAGACCGAAACCACGCCACGGUACCAGGACUGACCCCUUUCUCCGAGUACAGCCUCAUUGUCAUGACCUUCAACGGGCGGGGCAACGGCCCCGGCAGCCAUCCCGUCAACUUCAAAACCCCAGAGGGAGUGCCCGAGAAAAAUCCUGUUUUCAGGGUCACAGAUGUACAGAAGCACACUGUCUCUCUGGUCUGGGACCCACCAUCCGAGCCUAAUGGGAUUCUCACCGGGUACCUCCUAGACUAUCAGUUCAUCAACGACACAGAGGAGGUGGGGCCCCUGCAGAUGGUAGACAUCAGCAACCCCCGCACCACCAAGUGGACCCUCCGCGGAUUGGAGCCCCUAAGCAAAUACAUGUUCUACCUGCGCUCUUGCACCGCAGUGGGCUGUGGGCCUGUUGUCAGCGAAGAGAGCACAACCACCCUCGAAACAACUUCCACUUCGGCUCCCACUGUUGGCCUCAGCAAGUCAGCUUCCCCCACACCUCCAAGCACUCCAAAGUCCCCAGUGACCAAACCCACUCGUUCCACCAUAGGUCUGGCCAGCAUCCACGGAGGAAUAUCCACCCAGGGCUGGUUUAUCGGCCUGAUGAGCGCCAUCGCUCUCCUCACGCUCAUUGUGUUGAUCGCCUGCUUUGUCAACAGAAAUAAAGGAGGGAAGUAUUCCGUAAAAGAAAAAGAAGACCUUCACCCGGACGUGGAGUCCCAGGGCAUGAAUGACGACACGUUUUGCGAGUACAGUGACAACGACGAGAAGCCGCUGAAGGGCAGCCAACACUCGCUGAGCAGGGAGAUCAAAGCGGGGGACAGCGGGGACAGUCUGGUGGACUACGGCGACGAGGACGUCCAGUUCAACGAGGACGGCUCUUUUAUCGGCGAGUACGCGGGCCGAAAGGAGAAGAGGGUGUCCGCCGAGAUCAAAGCCGCCGCUCAGACACCGGCGUGAGGAGCGGAAGCGCCAUUCUCAUCUUUACCCCGGGACGCCGUUUCCAUUAAAACCUGCUGGGACGAACAAAUGAAAGAGGAAGCAGAACAUUAUCCACACCCAAGCACAAGUUUUGUGUCAAAAGUAAUGCGUGAUUUGCCAACUGCCAUUCUCAUGUUAUGAAGCUCUGUUUUGUCAGGUUGCAACAGAAUGACCGUUACUAAAUACUGUGUAUAUAUAGUGUAUAUUCUAUGUGCGGAGUGUCUUUUUUUUUAUAAUUAUUAUUACACAGAACAUUUAGAGGGCUUGGAUUUUUUUUCUUCUCUUUUUCCAUUACUUUCACUGCAGAACUGUUUGUACAAAUGUUACAAAAAUGUCACUCCCCAUUGCACAUCAUUACACGCAGCUUUGCCUCUCAUGUCAUCUUGUGGCAGACCACAGGCGAGGGGGGGAAGUCCAGUUGAUCUUUUUCAACGGGAGCAAAUAUUACUGACCUUUUAUAUUUGAAAUGGAUUCAUUAAAUAUGAAGUACAAUGUUUAAGAUGUGUAUAAAGGUUGCUUAUUAACUUAUUUUUUUUCCCAGUGGUUUUCUACCUGACAAUUUAACAAGGAAAUUUACAUAUCAUUCUAUAUCAUCAACAUUGGUUGUUGAACCAUAAA